GACGUGUAACCCUAAAUUUGUUCCUCUUCGCGGCUGCCCUCUCAGUCUCUUCACUCUCUCCAUAUUCUGUUGUCGGCGUGUACUUUUGAGGGGAAUUGACGCCGCCGCCGGUUAUUGCAGCACGGCCGCCUCUUUCAGUCGCGCCGCAAGUCAGCCGCCUGGCCUUUCUCAUUCUUGCUCUCGCCGUUACACAGCCGCCGUUAGCUGUCUGUCCGCGCCGCCUCAGUCCGUCACAACCCUCUGGUAAGAGGCCCUGCAACUUCUUCUGAAACAGGGGAGCUGAAAGGGGAGGAGUGAGAAGAGGGGAGCGAUGGAGCUUGCAUUCGUAAAUCCUUCCUCCGCUACAUUAUUCGCCGCUAACAAAGCUUUACCAAGCUUGGUUAAGCAUAGUUCCAUCAAGGUUCUCAGUGUCCGCUGCUCCUCUAGCUCAACCGCUGGAGCAGCUGCAGGUGUUGUGGAAAGGCCUUGGAAGACUUCAGAUGCUAGGCUUGUGCUUGAAGAUGGUUCAGUGUGGAAGGCCAAGUCCUUUGGUGCCACUGGAACCCAAGUUGGGGAAGUCGUAUUCAACACCUCCUUGACAGGGUAUCAGGAAAUCCUAACAGACCCUAGUUAUGCCGGUCAAUUUGUGCUGAUGACGAACCCACAUAUUGGCAACACUGGUGUAAACCUUGAUGACGAAGAAUCGAUGCAAUGUUUCCUUGCUGGCUUGGUAAUCAAGAGCUUAAGCAUAUGCACCUCAAACUGGAGAUGCACCAAAACUCUUGAGGAUUAUUUAACAGAGAGGAACAUCAUGGGAAUAUAUGAUGUGGACACUCGUGCAAUUACUCGGAGAUUGAGGCAGGAUGGAAGUCUUAUUGGCGUGCUCAGCACAGAAGAAGUGAAGAGUGAUGAAGAACUGCUUGAGAUGUCCCGCUCAUGGGAUAUCGUAGGUAAUGACUCACCCUCUAGCCCUCUAUUAAUGAUCUCAGAUACUUGAGAAAAAGUAUCGCUUAAUUGUUUUCGCCAUGUUUUGGCAGGUGUUGAUCUAAUAAGUGGUGUCUCGUGCACUGAGCCUUAUGAAUGGGUUGAUAGAACAAAGCCAGAUUGGGAUUUUAAUAAUGAAGGAAGAGGAGAGGUCUUCCAUGUUGUUGCUUAUGAUUUCGGGAUCAAGCAUAACAUACUGAGACGCUUGGCAUCAUAUGGCUGCAAAAUCACUGUAGUCCCUUCAAACUGGCCAGCUUCAGAAGCUCUAAAGAUGAACCCAGAUGGAGUUCUUUUCAGCAAUGGCCCAGGAGACCCAUCUGCAGUUCCCUAUGCCGUUGAAACAGUCAAGAACAUAGUGGGUAAAGCUCCAGUUUUCGGAAUUUGCAUGGGUCACCAGUUGCUUGGACAGGCAUUAGGUGGCAAGACCUUCAAAAUGAAGUUUGGCCACCAUGGAGGAAAUCAUCCGGUUAGGAAUAUUCGAGCUAACCGCGUUGAGAUUAGUGCUCAGAAUCAUAACUACGCUGUCGACCCAACAUCACUCCCAGAAGGUGUAGAAGUGACUCAUGUCAAUCUUAACGAUGGCAGUUGUGCUGGGCUUGCUUUCCCUGCAUUGAAAGUGAUGUCUCUUCAGUAUCAUCCCGAGGCGUCUCCAGGCCCUCAUGACUCAGAUUCUGUCUUCGGAGAAUUCAUCGAGCUAAUGAAGCAGUCCAAACAACAAGCAUGAGCUACAUUCCCUCUUGCACCAGUUACGCUGCAUGCAAGUAGCAAGAACAGAAGUGGAGCUGUGUUUGCCAGUAGAUCAGUUAGGUCGUUGAUAUAUUAGUUACUCCGACAAUAUACUCGUAGUUGAGCUUCCUUCUAUCUGAAUCUUUGUAUGACAUAACCCGUAAACAUGGCGGAAGAUCAGAGAUAAAUGUUGUUUUGACAGACAUGUUCCCUUCUACCGUAGCAAUGAAUUCACCAUUUCCCUUUUUCUUCAUCCAUCAGUCUUCGGAGAAUUCAUCGAGCUGUCUGCCUUGCCAUCACGAUUCGAGUAUGAAUUUACCUUAGUUUCGACGAAUGA